AUGGCGGCUAUCGACACAGACUCCGUGGCCGGAGUACACGACUCAAGCUUUGACUUCAUAAUCAUCGGUGGCGGGACAUCAGGCCUGGUGGUCGCUAAUCGACUGAGCGAAGACCCCAAUGUGUCUGUCCUCGUCCUAGAGGCAGGGACAAACCGAUUGAACGACCCACGCAUUACAAUCCCCGGGCUCGCGCCGACGACUUUCGAAGACCCCGAUUUUGACUGGAAUUUUCGGUCGACUCCGCAGGAACAACUAAAUGGACGGAAAAUACUUGGAAAUAAGGGACGGACCCUAGGCGGGUCAUCCACAAUAAACCUCGGGAUGGUGGUAUACCCAUCGCGCACCGGAAUGGCCGCCUGGGAGGCCUUAGGCAACCCAGGUUGGGGAUGGGAGGGUUUCGAACAAUACGUGCGGAAGUUCCAUACGGGAACUCCGCCCACGAAAUCAGUACGAUCCUUCUUUGAGGGCAUGAAGUCCGAGAAAGAAGAUCAGGGCGCCAGCGGGCCUGUCCAGGUGUCGUUUGGUGAUCAGUAUAUGCCCUACCAUGGGGCUUGGUUGCGCGCGUUUGAGAAUCUGGGUUGGCCGCAGACGGAGGAUCCUAUUAAGGGUGCUGGAGUUGGGCCGUUUGUGACGCCUGGAGCUAUUGAUCCUGUUACUCAUACCCGGAGUCAUGCUGCUGCUGCUUAUCUGACGGGUGAUGUUACGAAGCGUGCGAACCUACGUAUUGUGACUGGUGCUUUAGUUGAGAAGAUCGUCUUUAACGACUCCGAUACAGGGGCUGAGGAUGCAAUCACAGCGAGAGGCAUUAGAUUCGCCAAAGAUGGCCAGGUAUACAGAGUCUCCGCGAGUCGAGAAGUCAUUCUAGCUGCCGGAGCCAUACAAACGCCCCAGCUCCUCGAGCUGUCCGGCAUCGGGAAUGCGUCGCUUCUCCACUCACAUGGAAUUCGGCCGCUCGUCGAUCUCGCUGGGGUGGGUGAGAAUCUUCAGGACCACGGUAUCGUCUCAUUUGGAUAUGAGGUUGCAGAUGGCAUGCCCUCUGGCGAUAUGGCUCGGGACCCUGCAGUCGCUGCCGCAGCAAUGGCUGCAUACCAAAAAGACGGGUCGGGGCCACUGGGCAUGGUUCCUCUUGUUUCUGCGUUUAUGCCUUGCGUAGACUUCGCCGAGGACAAGCGAAAGGAUCUGCUGCAGAAGAUCGACUCGUCAUUAGACGACCCCAAGCUUUCGGUUACGUACCGAAAGCAGUACAUUAUCCUGCGAGAGAUGCUAAAAGACCCGAAUGAGCCCACGGCUCAGUACAUCCUCGCACCGUUCCAGCUUCUCCCUCGUGCAGGCCCCACUGCAAAGGACAUCUUCGGAAUGAGCCAUCCCGGAAACUUCAUCAGCAUCGUUUCACUGCUAAGCCAUCCACUCUCACGAGGCUCUGUGCAUCUCUCGUCUGCAGAUCCAGCAGCCGCGCCCGUGAUUGACUCUGGAAUACUCCGCCAUCCCGCUGACCUGGAGCUGCAGGCGCGCCAUAGCAUAUGGAUGGAGAAAAUCCCAGAAACAGAGGCGAUGGCCCCUCUCCUGAAGGCCCGUGGCCAUCGCCUGCAUACAUCUGGUAAAGUAGCGGAACUGCAGAAGGCGCAGGACCUUUGCAAGGAGCUCGUCCUUUCCAUGUACCAUGUCAGUGGAACGUGCGCAAUGAUGCCACGAGAGGAUGGGGGUGUCGUAGACCCACGACUGAAGGUAUAUGGGACGAGCAAUGUACGUGUUGUUGAUGCGAGUUUGUUCCCACUCAUCCCGAGGGGGAAUAUCCAGGCCACGGUGUUUGCGGUGGCGGAAAAGGCGGCGGAUAUCACCAAAGAGGAUCUAGUGCGAUCUUAG